CAUACUUUUGUGUUCGGAAAAAAAUCCGACCCGACCCAUAAAGUUGCAAUCCCUUCUCCACUCUGAACUUGUAAGUCGGAGCCGUAGAGCUUUAGCGGCUCCAGAGACCGUUAAUUGUGUAGUUGCCCCCCCAGAACUGGAGGAAUUUGGGUAAGUGGUCAGAUUGCCGCUAAAUUCCGCUAAUUCCCUGAAGUGGGGAGAAAAAAAAGACUGGAACUUGGGGGAAUACUCACAAUAUCGUUUUAUAUUACUCAAGUUUGAUUGGGUUUUCAUAUUGCUCUCAAGUCUCUGUUUAUCAAGGUGACUUUGAGCAUGGUGUGGUGUGUUAAUUGUGCACAGGACAAGCCGACUAAAGAUGUGGAUGGUAAAAUAUGUUGUUCCUUUUGUGGAAAAGUACUUGAAGAAGAUAAUUUCUCUAUCGAGCCCACUUUUGUCAAGAAUGCUUCUGGACAGAGCCAAUUGUCAGGAAGCAGGGUGAGCACUGUCCAAAGUAAUUAUUCAGCUUCACGCGAAAGAACACUAAAAGAAGCAUAUGAGGGUAUAGAGGGUAUGCUUUGUGGGCUAGGAAUUGAUGGUGGUGAGUCAAUAGCUCAUCCAGCUUUGUCCUUCUAUAAGAUAGCAGUUGAAAAGAGUUUCACAAAGGGGCGUAGGAAAGAGCAAGUUCAAGCUGCUUGUCUUUACAUUGCAUGUAGGGAGAACAAAAAGCCAUUCCUACUCAUUGACUUUUCCGAGUACUUGAGGAUAAAUGUGUACAUAUUAGGAGCUGUGUUCUUACAGCUUUGCAAGAUUCUACACCUUGAAGAGCACCCAAUUGUUCAAAAACCUGUGGAUCCAAGCCUGUUCAUUCAUCGAUUCACUGAUCGUUUAUUUGGGGGAAGGCACCCAAACAUUUCUAGAUCUGCUCUUCACAUUUUGGCCAGCAUGAAGCGAGAUUGGAUGCAGACAGGGAGAAAGCCAAGUGGGUUAUGUGGAGCUGCACUGUACAUUGCUUCUCUUUCACAUGGACUGAGUUGUUCUAAAUCAGAAAUUAUCAAAGUGGUGCACAUUUGCGAAGCAACAUUGACAAAGCGUUUGAUUGAAUUUGAAAACACAGAAUCUGGAAGCUUAACGAUUGAUGAGUUCAAUACAAGAGCUGAGGAGCUUGAGAAAGAAGAGACACUGUCCCUGCAACUUUAUUCGGGGUCAAAAGGAUCUGGGAUCACAGAAGUGCUAUGUGAACACAAGAAAAGUGUGAAGCUGCCGUUUGCCCAUGGCCUUUGUGAACGUUGUUAUACUGACUUUGUAAAACUUUCAGGUGGGCUUGAUGGAGGAUCUGAACCUCCAUCCUUCCAACGUGCUGAGAGGGAAAGAUUAAUGGCAAAACAAGAUGCUGAAGAAAUUGCGGGGGAUCCAAGUUUUCCCAUGUCCAACCAGAUGGAGAACAAUGUCCGCGAGUAUUUAGAGCCUGAAAAGGGAGGGAACACCCAGUGUGUGAAAAAUGUGCAUAAAUCAGGAUCUGAGCAAGUUGGGUCAUUCUCAGUGGUUAAAACUGAUCAUAUUGCGACUCCUGAUACAUUACAUGGCAUGGAUGGUAUUGAUCAUGAUGAAUCAGAGAACUUUUCCGAUAUCGAUGAUGCAGAGGUUGACAGUUAUCUUCACAAUGAGCAGGAAAAGCACUACAAGAAGAUCAUUUGGGAAACAAUGAACCGAGAAUAUCUUGAGGAACAAGCAGCCAAGGAAGCGGCUGCAUUAGAAGCCAAGAAGCAUCAUGAGUUCAUUUUAGCUAACUGUCCAGAGGAUGUACAGAAGUUUGCUGCUGCUACCGCUGCUUCUGUUGCAAAAUCAAAAAAGGAAAAACAACAGAAAAGGGCUGCAGAAUUGAAAAAUUCUGGCCCCGCUCAAACCGCUACAGAAGCAACAAAGCAAAUGUUAGCUAAAAAGAGGCUGAGCUCUAAGAUCAACUACGAUGUGCUAGAGAAGCUUUUUGAUGAUUCUGCAACUGAGAACCCAAAGAAAGCUCGAACUGCUUACGAUUCAAUGGAUGAUAAUGGGGUAAAGAGCGACAAAAUUGAUCCGGAAGUAGAUGAGACUUACGAAGAGGCAUUUGGCGAGGAUGUGCAUUACGGUGAGGAUGUUGGAGGAUAUGACUAUGAUCAACACUAUGAUUUGGACGAUUAUUGAAUUAAUCUGCAUUCCAUAUGGCUGGUCUCCCCUUAGAAAUAGAGGAUACAAGAUGUCAGAUAACACAUUUUCCUUCACUUGUAUUAGGAAUUGUAUGGCCUUGAUAGCUAAUUGCAUCUCAAAGUUAUUUUGUUUUAAAUAUCAUUGAUUCAUUUAUUUCCUGUGAACACUUCCCAUUGCUGGAACGUUAAAAAGUGUGUAUGAGCUUUACUUGAGAGAGAGUUCCGUUCUUACU